AUAUUAAUUAUUAUGUAAGUAUUGUAUAAAUAUCAUCAGUAGAUAAAGAAAUAUUUAUGAUACAUUGAGCAAAGUACGUCACUGUCUCGCGUCAGUAUCAUACAUUCACCUUAUCAAUUUAAAAACUCUUGCAUCAGAAAAAUCCGCGGAUAUAUUACGAGAUAUGUAAUUCUCAAGCGAGCAGUUGUCCGUAGCGACUUGUAGUAAUAGCGCGCUAAUCAAGUUUCGAUCGGCAUUUUGCAAAUAAAUUGCAACAGCAAUUUGGAAUAACAAUGGAAUAUUGGUCGAUAUUGUUAUCAAUCGUGAUUAGUGUACUUGGUAUUCAUUACCUGUUUAGAAAUUACAAUUUCUUCAAAAGACAUGAUGUGAUUCACAUACCAUCUGUUCCAAUACUGGGCAACAUGACAUCGGUUAUAUUUCGCAGAAUAUCUUUCGUCGAUUUUACUCGCAAGAUAUAUAACUUCAAUCCAGAUGCAAAAUAUUUAGGAUUCUACGCUACGACUAAUCCAAUGUUUUUGCUUCGUGAUCCAGAAAUAAUUAAGUCUAUUCUUCUGAAGAAUUUCGAUGCGUUUCCUAACCGUCGCGGUUUCAAUAAUUUGAACGAACCCUUAUUUUCAAACAAUCUGUUUUCUCUUCAUGGACAAAAGUGGCGGGAUGUGCGAACUCUAUUAAGUCCCUCUUUUACAUCUAGCAAAAUGAAAAUGAUGUUUACCUUGAUGUCGAAAUGCGCUGUGGAUUUUGCUAAUUUUCUUUCCACAUCGAUACCAAGAGAAAAAAGCGACAUGGAUAUGAAAGACGUCUUCGCUAAAUAUACAAAUGAUGUCAUCGCUACGUGUGCUUUUGGGAUCAAAAUCAAUUCUAUGAAGGAUCCAACGAACAAGUUUUAUGUUUAUGGUAAAGAGCUGGUCAACUCCUUCUCUGGAAUUCGCAGCAUUAAAUUUCUUUUUCUUAGAACUUUUCCAAUGCUCGGGCGUAUUCUCAAUGUAAAACUUAUAGACAGUCACGUGUCAGAUUUCUUCAAAGACAUUAUAAGAACCACUAUUGCCACUCGUGAUGCCGAGAACAUUAUUCGUUCGGAUAUGAUUCAAUUAAUGAUGGAUAUCAGAGGUAAAGAAGGUCGGAGAGAGCUUAAUAUCGACGAUAUGGUUGCUCAAGCUUUUGUUUUUUUCUUCGCUGGUUUCGAUACCAGUUCAACUGCAAUGUCCUUUGUGGCUUAUGAACUUGCGGCUAAUCCAGAUGUUCAGAUCAAGUUGCGGCAAGAAAUCGACAAAGCGUUGGAAGAAUCAAAUAGCAAAGUGACAUAUGAAACUAUUAACCAGCUUCAAUAUUUAGAUUUGGUGAUAAAUGAGACUCUUAGAUUAUAUCCACCGAUUAUUUUUUUAGAAAGAAUGUGCGACAAGGCUUAUGAAUUACCACCCGCUUUACCUGGCGAAAAACCUUUCACUAUGAAGAAGGGUAUGACUUUUUGGAUUCCGGUUUUCGCGAUUCAUCAUGAUGCCAAAUACUAUGAUGAUCCGGAAAAAUUUCGUCCUGAAAGAUUUUUAGAUAACAAGAUAUAUCACAACUCUACAUGCUAUAUGCCAUUUGGAUUAGGGCCGAGAAUGUGUAUAGCCAACAGAUUUGCCAUGCUAGAAGUGAAAGUCGUGCUGUUUCAUCUUUUAGCACGAUGUGAGCUAAAACCUUGUGCGAAAACAAUAAUGCCAUUAAAAUUCAGCAAAAAAAGUUUUAUAAUAAAUCCGGAAGGUGGAUUUUGGUUGAAUGUUCAACGUAGAAGCGAUAUGAAUCUUAUGCUUGAAUCCUCGUUGAUUAACGGUGUUACUAAUUCUUAGAAAAUAUUUUAAGUAAAAAUAACAGAAAAUCUUUUUCUA